GAAAGCCUUGCCAACCCCCCAAGUUCGAUGACAGGAAAUCGGCAGUAACGGCUUUGAUGGAUCAAACACGUGUUCGACGUUCGUGACGAUGUGUACCUUGACCUGUCAACCAAUGAUCUCCCUCCCGGCGUGUUUCUCGUGCGGCUGACUGACCAACCACGUCAAGGAGGAUGUGCUGCGCCAUCUUGACCAACUCAUGCCCCCAAAUCGACUUUGUCUUAUUUCAUCUCCUAUUUGAAACUGUGACUUUGAGCUGACGAAGUCACUUCUGGCCGCCCAAAUAUUUUCCACUUGCGGUCUCUACCUGGUGCAUUCCGCCCGACCUUCCCGGACUCGUUACUCAACUUGAUCAUCGCGAACGACGCACGAUGGACGAUGUCUCAAAGCCACUCGAUAGCCAGCAAUCCAAACGGUCCGAAGUUGAUGCCAGUGGCGCGCUUGCUCAAGUCGAAGACGGAUCUCCGGCAGCAUCUGCCAAGAAAUCCGCCGCCGCUAUGAGUGUACAAUAUUGCGACGACUGCAUGCGUAUCGAUUUUGACAAACUCGAGCGUUCGCGCGAAGAAAUGCCGAUUCUCAUCGCGAAUGUCGAAACGUGCCCUAUGUGCGCCUUCUUGCACGCUGCGCUUGUUCGCCAAGGUAUCAAGCUCUCAAACGAAGCCAAUAUUAAGCUGUCUAGAAACCCUUUUGGACAAGGUUGGAACUUAGUCGAGGUCUGCUCCAGGGACAGAUGGCACCCUGAGUGGAGAUGUGUUUCUCUCCAGAUUGCCUCCGACCUAUGGCGCCCACGCUUGGUCGAUUAUGGGUUUAUUGCAAAGUGGCUCGAUGACUGUGUCAAAUGCCAUGGAGAUCGAUGCUUCAACAACCGGUUGGAUCUCGGCCUUGUCCCGGGGCUUCAGUUCAUCGACUGCAUUGCCCGACGCAUAAUACAGGCAUCCGAGGCUGUUGACAAAGCGUACCUGACCCUGAGCUACGUCUGGGGAGCACCUUCAGGCAGUACAUCUGGUAUUGUCGAAGAUAAAGAUUCGGUCUCAACGCUCCCCAUUCGCUUGCCCAGGGUCGUUGAGGAUUCCAUCAGGGUGGUGAAAGAGCUGGGAUUCAGAUAUCUGUGGGUGGACAGAUAUUGUAUUCCACAGGCCGAUAAGCGGGCAAAACACACUCAAAUUCAGCUUAUGGGCACGAUUUACGCCCGUUCAGCGAUAACCAUAAUUGCGGCAGGUGGAGGGGAUGCGGAGUAUGGCUUGCCGGGCGUCGACGCCAGAGCACGCAAUCCCCAAGUACGGAUCGAUUUGGAGAGCGUGGGUGGUAAUCUUCGGCUCCCACCAUCACUCAUGGUGUAUCGCCUGCCCCAGGAUGACGUCCAAUCAUCAUUGUGGAGCACUCGAGGUUGGACAUAUCAAGAAGCUCUGUUAUCCAAGCGGCGCCUUGUCUUUACCGACAACCAGGUGUUUUUCGAAUGCCAGCAUAUGCUUUACGAAGAAAGCCUGACGGCAUCAGGGCCAUCAUCCCGGCAAACUGUAUAUUCUGCUAAUUUUGUUUUCCCAACUCUUGCUGUCUUCAAAAAAUCUUACUCGGUCUGGGAGAGAAUCAACGAGUUUUUGAAACGCACUCUCUCCUUUGAACAUGAUGCUUUGGAUGCCAUUAGUGGAAUUCUCAACAUGUAUCGGACAGAGUGCAGCGAACACGGUGGUAUCGCCUUUUUGUGUGGCAUGCCUCUGUUUCCCAAGCUUUCCGUACACCAGUCUGACGAUAUAACACCGAAACGCGGCGAAAGUGAAAGGCAGUGGCACAGUAGCCUCUACGAAACAAGUGUCCUCAUCGAAGGACUGUUAUGGGACGGCCAUUGGGUUGAAAAACCCAUCGGUGUGCCGAAGGCUGAGUUGUCUUCCACGAAGCUAGAGCGGCCACGAAGGAGUGAGUUCCCAAGCUGGACUUGGGUUGGGUGGAAAGGCACCUCUAGGUAUGCGCUAGAAGUGAUGAGCAUCUCGGAGUCGAUCUCGAAGACUUCGAAGUGUGCCAUUCGGGCAGUCUAUGAGGAAUGUCAGACGGACAUGGACUGGGACAAAGAUGCAGAACAGAUUCUUGAGAAAUCAGCUCUUGGUCUGAACCCAAGGUUUUUGGACAUCAAGGGGACAUGUUUCGACGCGAGUCUUGCCUGGAGUGAGACUGGAGAUUGGGAAAUUGACACCGGCGGUUGGGUUUACACGAAGCCGCUGGUCUUCAGUUCAUCUUUGUUGGGGUCUCGAACUUUCAGAAUUCCACCGAACACUUUAGAGGAGGGCGAAGGGAAAGUACACGAGCUCGUUGCGCUGCUUCUUUUAUACGACUGGGACACAGAACCUUGCCUCGAUGUAAUAUCGAGGCGAACCCAUAGCAUAGACUUCCUUUUGGUUCAGCCGGUCGAAUACAGCGCUGGGAGAUGGGUAUAUGAGCGCGUAACGUGUGAUAAGAUCACUUGGUACGUUGAAAGUCGGCCAGAUUCGCCUAAUUACUCGUUAUCGCAACAGCUUGGAGCUAUCUUCGAGGAGCGAGAGUUGCGGCUGCGCUGAUAAGUGUGCGUCGAGGUAGUGCCAUAAGUCCCAAUAAAAGAUGAUGUGAGCUUCCGGAUUGAAA